GUCUUUCCGUCUCACCGCCAUCUACCAGGCUUAUCUCAUGGCCUUUUCCUCAUCGGUGUCGUACGGCGUGCCGCCGGGCGCCUCGCUUGGAGGAGCGGCAGGUGGACCAAUGGCGUCUGCUGGCUCGCAGGACAACAACUACUCAUCGUUUCCCGCCGUCAAGAUCGAGGAGCUGCUCAGCGUCCUGUCCGAGAUUGGCCUCGUCGGCACGACGCACGACGACGUCGCCCGGCCGUCAUACAGCUUCGUGCAGACGUGCCUGUAUGCAUUCGUCGAGUGUCUUUCCAAUGCCAACGGGGACGCGCUCGAGCGGUGGCGCGGUGACCUGAUUGCGGGUGCGGGCGAGAGCAGGGAUAUGUACGAGGAGGCGCUCAGCGUCGCCAUCUUUUGUCGAGAGAUCCGAGCAAUGAUGAUGGCAGCGACAAUCAAUGACUUUAGCGUGUCAGACCUCAACCGGCCCCAGGCGAAGCGGUUCAAGCGGCAGAUGUCGGGCCUCGUCAACUUUUUCCGCUUCCGCACCGACCGCGAGGUCGAGUACGAGGACGUGGUGCACGAGAGCGAGGUGCUGUACGACGAGCGGGACGAGCUGUCGCGCUCGGUGCGCGAGCUCAAGGUGCAGGUCGAGCGGCGCGAGGCCGAGCACAAGGCGUCGCUCGCCGAGGCCGACGUCAAGCGGCGCGACAAUGCCAAGCUCAAGGACACGCUCUACGAGCUGCGCCAGGAGCAGGACCGGCUCGUCGAGGAGGCAGACCGGGGCAAGACGCGGCAGGCGGACCUGGUCAAGCGCCAGACCGAGAUCACGUACCGGAUGCGCCUCAUCGACGAGGAGCUCGACAGCCUCAACAUGCGCGUUCAGUACAGCCCGCAGGACCUGCACAGCAUGAUCCACGAACUCGACGGCCAGCACGGCGCAAAGGCACAGGCGCUGGCCGAGGAAGAGGCCAAGGGCGCCAGUCUGGCCGAGCGCAUCGCCGUUCUCUCGCAGCUCGAGGCGAAAGCAAGCAAAUGCAGCCAGGACAUGAACGUCGUCCUUGAGGACCUGGCGCGGAUCUCGGCUGAGGAGCGCGAGCUCGACGAGCAGCAGCGCCGGCUCGAGGCCGAGCUGCGGGAGCGCAACGAGCGGGUGCAGCGGCGCCACGAGCUUGAGUCGCAGACGCGGUUUGGACGUGAGCGUCUGGCGCGCAUCGAAGCCAGCCACGAGGAGCGGCGGGCCGACGAGGCCAAACGGGCGCGCGCCGACGAGGAGGCACUGCGCACCAUGGACGAGGAGCGGGCGCAGCGCGAGGCACGGGCCGACGAGAUGCGCCAGGAGACGCAGCGCCUCGCCGACGAAUAUGCGCAGCAGCGCGACGCAUUCGACGCCGUCUGCGCCCGCUUCAAGCGCGACAAGGCCCGCCUCGACGCCGUCUGCCGAGACUAUAUUACAUCGGUUUCGCAGCGACUGGAAAUCUAAGGGCAGAGGUGUGGUGGCAGUGUACAUGCGUGUUCUCUCUCUCUCUCGUUCUCUGUAGCAUUAGUCAUACCCUCUCAAUUCAGCGUCCGGGCGCCCCGC